ACAAAAUAUCUAUAAAAUAGUGAUAUAUAAUUGGAUAUAGAAGAUUUUGUACAAGAAAAUCCACAUACAAACAUAAAACUUUAGAAAGUCAUUUCCAACAUUUUUUUCUAAACGCUAGUAGGUAUACUUAUAUUUUUACCCAAAAGUUUUGUUAUUUAGUUAAUCCAAUAAAUUUUACAUAUUAAUAGUUCAUUAUUGAAACAAAUUCACUUACUGAAUGAUUCUCUCAUUUGAUUACGGCUCCCACCUCUAGCAUAUAAUUUUUGGAUAGGAACAUGUGAAAGAGAAAAAUUGACAAUGGCAUAUAUAUAAGUAUUACAUAUAUGGACAAUGGCACUGCCGCGACACUUAGAACUAUCAAGUUUUAUUAAAAGUGUUCAUCAAGAAUUGAGAGAAAAUUCGAGAUUGCUAGGACCAGAAAUUGCAUGGAAGAAACAUUGUGAAAAUAAGGAAAGAUUAGAAGAAUAUGCUACGGCAAUGAAAGAACUGGCUUCAAAUUAUUGGAAACUAUCAUUAGACAAUGAAGAAAAUCAACAGAUAUCCCGCAUCGCAUGGAUACAUAAAAAUUCCGAAGAAUAUUUUUCUAGGGAUAUUUUUUAUAUUCGUAUAAAAGAAUCCCAUAUAAUGGAUAAAAUUAAUCAAAGUAGGACUAGUGUGUCUACUGAAAGUUUUAAUAGAAAAUUGCGGGUAUUAGAUGUUGGUAGUUGUUAUAAUCCAUUUCAACAGUUCAGUAAUUUCGAUAUAACUGCAAUUGAUAUUGCACCCGCUACAAAAAGUGUUACUAAGUGUGAUUUUCUCAAAGUUAAAACAGGUAAAAUUUUGAUAUUAAAAGAUGAAGAGAUCAUUCAACUACCUAAUAACUAUUUUGAUAUUAUCAUAUUCAGUUUAUUCUUGGAAUAUCUACCUUGUCAUAAGCAAAGGAAAAUAUGCUGCACUAAAGCAUAUGAGUUAUUAAAACCAGAAGGCAUUUUAAUGAUAAUAACACCAGAUUCAAAUCAUAUAGGAUCAAAUGCUAAAUAUAUAAAAUCUUGGAGAUUUGUUUUGGCUAAAAUAGGAUUUUCAAGAAUUAAGUAUGAAAAAUUGCAGCAUGUUCAUUGUAUGAUAUUUCGAAAAGUACCUUAUACAGAAAUUACACUUAGAUGGGCAGAAAUUCAUAAAAAUGAUCAAACUUUUGAUGAACUCUAUAUACCACAGGAUUUCAAAAUGGUAGUCCAAAAAGAAUGUGAUAAUAAAAUCAAACUUUCUGCACAAGACAUUGCAAAUUUCAAUAAUGAAAUGCCUUUUAAAGAUACUUCAGAUUGAAUAUUGCAUUUUCAUAUUUUAGGAUUUUUUAAAAGCACAUCUUUGCAUUAAGAAUUUUACAGUUUACAGGUAGUAUAAUGAAAUCUAAGAAAGAAUCUAAAUUUCUUUGAAAUAAAUCAAGAAACUAGUAUUUUCAAAUUGUGAGUAUAGGAGAAGGGACUAUUCCAAAAAUUCAUUGGCAUAUUUGUUAUUCCUACUUUCUGAUGCUAUUGAGAUUAGUUUUUAAUCAGGAUAGGAUUGGCAUUAAAAUUGCAGUCAUGU